AGUUUCUCGGCCCGCGUCCUCUACUUCCUUGUCAAGCGAAGCCGAACUCCUCUUCCUCCUCCGCUGAUCCUCCCAAGUCCCAAACCCGCGCCCCGAAUCUGCUGCCGCCGCUGCGUCCGUGUCGGCUUUGCCCCGCCGGUGAAGAUGUUGUCGAGGAUCUCCCGCCUUGGCGUCCACGCCCUGAACCGGGCGAGGCUAGGUCAAAAGUCAGUAACUUCAAGGAAUCAGGAAGAACCCAUCAGAGCCUGUAUGAACUAUGUGGGCAAUCAUUCUCUAUGUUCCGCCACGGAAGCUAAAGUCAGUGACAGGAGCGAACAGCCGAAAGCUAAGAUAUCUGUGACAUUUGUUGAUAAGGAUGGCGAUGAAACGGUUAUCAAUGUUCCUAUUGGGAUGUCAAUGCUGGAAGCUGCUCAUGAGAAUGACAUAGAACUUGAAGGAGCAUGUGAGGGCUCUCUUGCAUGUUCUACCUGUCAUGUGAUUGUAACGGACGUAGACUACUAUAACAAAUUGGAAGAUCCUGAAGAUGAGGAAAACGAUAUGCUGGACCUUGCUUUUGGGCUUACAGAAACAUCUCGCCUUGGUUGCCAAGUAAUUGCAAGCCCUGAACUUGAUGGCAUAAGAUUAGCACUGCCAGCAGCUACCAGAAAUUUUGCUGUUGAUGGGCAUGUCCCGAAACCACACUGACUAAGCACUGGGUAUGUUGUAUACCUGCUCAGUUUUGCAGAAUAUGAGAUAUAGUUACUUCUAUUUUUCAUCUUGUUGUAUCUGUAUCCUCAACAUUUAAAUUCUGUAGUCCUUGGCAAGAUAGCGAUUAAUGUCAACUUGCUUCGUCAAAUAACACUUGUAAAAUUCAUUGGAAAACGCAUUGUCAUUGCAAUGAUAGCAACCUUGCACUUGGAAAAUCUA